CAACCUUUCGCAUGUGAACCACUAAUAGCUAAUCCACAUUCACCAAUGGAAACUACUGUGACUGAAUUCGGAAAUGCAAAAAUAUGCUUCGAUCAAGUGACCUUCAAGAUAUUUAAUAAUAAGCUCGUUCCCGGAUAUAUACUCUACGGCAUCGUCUACAUCGAUGCUGGUGAGGACGUUGUAGUCAACAAAAUUACCAUUAAUGGCAUCUGUAAUAUUCACAAGGAUAUAACGGGUAGAAAUAAAUCUUCCACAGACGCUCAAGCGAGUUCAUUCAAAAAGGAAAUUUUGACGAGUAUGGGUAGUGGAAACAGAAGACAGGCCAAUCAGUAUCAGGCUCUAACAACUCAGUGGGAUGGAGAUGAUCUCAUGGAGAAGUUUAAUUUUGACGAUAGCUACUUCCAAACUGAUGACAUGGAGUGGCCUUUUGCUGGUCCAAUCACUCUUCAUAAAGGCACGCAUGCAAUUCCAUUCGCUAUCCGCAUUCCAUCUGAGGUCAAUCCUACGAUAGAAUUCACCAGAAGAGGUGAAAAGCGUGAUCAGAAGGCUACUAUAGCUCAUACGACAUCAGUAGGUGUGGAAGUUAAUGGAAAACCGGUCAGUGGGGGACAACUUCUGACCGUUCUAAGUGACAAAUUAGAAUUGGAUAUGCAAAGCUGUGGUGGAUUGCCCCCAGUCGUCAACGGGGCUUAUGCUCCAGGCUCUGUCCAGCUUGUGAAACUGAGUUAUAAAGAAGCUAAUGCCCUCAUUAUCCUCGAGAAGAAACACGUUUUGCCUGGUGACACCUUGCGAAUCUUCGUUUACACUGACAAAAAGGGCGCAGUGAGGAAAGCAGUCGCAGAGUUGGUCGUCUCGUAUAACAUUCCAGAGAUUGGUCUCUCGGAUAGUAAUGAUGUUACGACGGUAAAGGAAUCACGUUCUGUCGAGCUUUUAGAGAAAAGUUCCAAGAAAAGGCUCUCAAAGAGGAUGAAUAAGGUGUUCAUUUCAAAGAUUAGUGAUACCUUCCCACCCAGUGACACAAAUAACACACCCAGUGGUCGUUUGAGACUUACUAUGGAUGAUAAACGACUUAUGCCGGAGACAGCACGUGUUGAGGGCUGUGUGAUUGAAAUGAAAAUUCCCAAAACUGUAGAGCCCUCCAUUGAAGCUGGUGGUAUUCGCAUUCGUCACCAUGUGCGGGUUCACUUGGAUAUUCCUCGUCAAAGAAAACCAACAAGUCAGGCUCAAAUGAUCACAACGGCGGAGACAUUGAAGCACAAUUACACGGUCAAGUACAUUAAAUUUGUCAAUUAG